CUUACAACAUGCAAGCUCGCACAGAUUCAAUACUACCAGCUUGAGGUGAAUUCGAAGCUUUCGCACAAGUGCAUCGUCCAAGACCUUUUGUGCAUAAGUUGCUAUCGAAUCACCACUUGCCACGUCAGCAACAGUGAAUCCACCUCGCUUUUGCGUUGUUUCUAGAUACAAUGGCCCGUUGGUGUCUGACGUAGAGUGGUUCGGAGAUGAAAUCUGCUCUUGGAAAACUUCGAUAUCAGGUCAACCUCGGGAGCCAUCGUUGAGCUUGUUUCCGGAUCAGUCAGGACGCCUCCCCAUCACCAAGCACAACCGCACUAUCUAUCUCGCCCACUUCCUCCGAGACUCCACAACCGAAUUCCUGUGACUCAGAGUUAACUCCACACAUUCGCAACACUAUGGGAAGAGACGAGCACUCCGCCGCUAUCGAACACAUACGACAGUGGGCAGAGGAUCGGAGAUUUGUGCCCAGUCUUAGGUACACCGACAAGGUCCUUGAUCAGAUUGAAAUCCAUCAUGACGACGACCUGUGGACCUAUGUGGCAUGCGACGAUGCCGAUCCAUGCGCAGACUGCGGCGCACUGCCAGCUCACCUCGACUGCAUAGUCAUCGCCGUUGAUGGUGCUUGUCAUAACAACGGUACACCUUACGCAUCUGCAGCCGUAGGCGUCUUCGUUGGGAAAAAUUCUCCUCACAAUAUCAGUACUAGUUUGAUGCUGAAAGACACAAAAGCAACAAGCCAGAUUGCAGAGCUGAAUGCCGGCAUCUUGGGGCUUCAGCAGGCACUGCAAAUACAGAGGCAAGGAUUCGGCGAGGAAACCCUCCAUCAGGUGGUCAUCAAGGCGGAUUCGGAAUACCUGGUCAAAGGUAUGACCGAGUGGGCGUCCCGAUGGAAAAAGAAUGGCUACAGGACCUCGACAGGCAAGCCGGUAGCAAAUCUCGCACUGUUCGAUAGACUCAACAAACUGGUAGAGGAGCUGAACGACCAUAAGGUAGAGGUUAUAUUUUGGCAUGUUACUAGGGACAAGAACCAGGAAGCAGAUAGGCUGGCGAGUCGCGCACUGCACACGAUCAAGUGAUUUCUACUGCCAAUGGUGGAGGACGGGAGUGUUAGAUCUGCUAAUUAUUACUCGCAACGGAUAUCACGCCUAUAGUUGAUCGGCAUGCGAAAAAGUGACCGUGAAGGCCUGGUUGGAGCAUGACGUUUAGUUCAACCAGCCACUCUGGCUGCCCUGCUCUGGCACCGAGGCGGAUUUGAUAGGAACAUUUGGUCGUAGUGCAACGAGGUCG